CAAUCCACUAUCAUAUGGUUUAUAAAAAAUGAAAAUAAUUAUUCUUCAUCCAGAUUUAGGCAUAGGAGGGGCUGAAAGACUUAUCAUUGAUAUUGCAUUGGCUCUUAAAACUAAAAAUCAUCAAAUUAAAAUAUAUACUAAUCAUUAUAAUCGUAAUCAUUGCUUUGAUGAAACUAAAACACAAUUGGAUAUAAAAGUUGUAGGAGAUUGGAUUCCUCGGAAAUUAUUUUAUCAUUAUUUUUAUGCUUGUUUUGCAUACCUCCGAUUCCUAUUUUUAACAUUGUAUAUUAUAUAUAAUAAUAUAUUUAGUGAUUUGAUUAUAUGUGAUCAAAUUCCUGUUGGUGUGCCUUUGCUUAAAUUAUUUGGUUAUAAAGUUUUGUUCUAUUGUCAUUUUCCAGAUCUCUUAUUAUCGCAAAGGGAUAGUUGGCUCAAAUUUUUUUAUAGAUACCCUUUAGAUUGGUUGGAAGAGAUAUCCAUGUCAUAUGCAGAUAAAUUAAUUGUCAAUAGCAACUAUACUGCUUCUAUUGUCAAACAAACAUUUCACAAUAAUAAGUAUUUUCAAAAAAAGUUGGAUGUACUUUAUCCUUGUAUAUCUCAAAAAUGUUUGAAUUAUAAGUGUUCAGAUGCAGAUGAUUUGUAUAUAAAAGAAUUGUUUAAAAUUCCCAAAGACCAUAUAUUUCUCUCUCUAAAUAGAUAUGAAAGGAAAAAGAAUAUUGACCUAGUCCUUCGUGCCUUUUUUCAUUUGCGCCAUAUCGUCUCGCAAUCUAACCGUCAUUCAAGCCCCGAUAGCUUAGGUCUGGUUAUAGCUGGUGGUUUCGACUCCAAUUUGCCGGAAAAUCUGACGACUUACUCUCGCCUCACCAAUCUAGCCUACGAAGAUUUGAAACUUAUCCCUUCUGAAGAUAUUGUUUUCCUCAAGUCUAUCUCCAAUAACCAAAAAAACGCUCUAUUGAGCUCAUGUGUCGCUCUUUGUUACACACCCACAGGUGAGCAUUUUGGCAUAGUUCCUUUAGAGGCAUCUAUCCAUGGCAAACCGGUUAUAGCUAUAGCGGAUGGAGGACCGUUGGAAACUAUUGUGCCCGGUAAAACGGGUUACCUAUGUAAGCCCCCCGGAGAUGCUAAAGAAUUCUCUCGGGCAAUGUUCAAAUGCAUUAACGGUUGCGAAGAAGGUGAUAAGGCAAAGUCGGGAAUUUGUGAAGAUUACGAAUACGACUAUAACCCAAAUCAGCGGGACGAACCAUUUCAACGCAAAAUCUCGUCUCUUACUAUAGAAUCGGUUUCAUCUUCUGCCGCUUCCUCUCCCAUUUACAUCAAUAACCAUUAUACCGAUAGUAGAGACAUUUUUGAUGCAAACCCUGACUCCGAAUUUGAAAAAAAUCUUAUGUCCGAAGAAUGCUUUGAAAAUAGAUUACUCAAAAGCGAAUUAACCGAUAAAAAUGACAGUGAAGAAGAUUACAACGAUUGGGACAAGGUAUCUUCUGGCGAUGUUGAAAAUUCUACAAGAAUCAAGCCCGAAGAUUGUGUAAAGCACGUGACAAAUAAUUUUUCUUUCGAAAUUUUUGCCAAUAAAUUAGACGAAAUAAUAAAAGAUAUGGUGGAACCUGUCACUUGAUUAUCUUCCUUUUUUAAAUAUUAUUUAUACUUUGUAUAACAACUAAUUGUUGAUUUUACCAAUGUGAUUUGUUAUUUUUUUUUAAACUUAUAAAUAUGCUUGACACCAUUUUGUUUACUCAAAUGAUUUUUUUAAAAUGACAAUGGCGGCUUAAAACAAAUCAAAUAAUUGU